UUAUGCCCUUGAACGUUCUGCCAAGUCAGUCGUGCGAUAGGUAACCCCACAAGGACAACAAGGAUGCGUACAGGCUCAGAAUGCAUUCAGCCUUUGACCACCUGCGUCCACCCGCCCAUCCCUCCCAUGACCACCCUCCUCAUGGCGGGUAAAUCCAUCGGUCCGCCCACCCGCCUGCUGUCGUCACGCCGACUCCCGUCGCCUAUCGCCGGGCUCUGCCUCGUCCACGUGCUAUGGUGGGCCGACGGGGCUGACACGGGACGCGCAGGGUCGGGCACGGUGGCGUCGUGCGGCUGACUAUCCUCCGCCUCGCGCUCUCGUUUCCUGACCAGGGGAGGGGGGAAGAGAAUCCUGGCCAGGUGCCUUGUGCGCGGAGGACGAAUCAGCUCCCUGACACAACACACAGGGACGAAGGGCUUUUACGUAACAAACCCCUAGACAUAAGAUGUGUCCCUCGUCAGUCACCUUGCAGUGCCGCAUUCCUUGAUGCCCAGGUGCUCGAGGAGCCGCUCGGAUCCCUUCUCGUCAUCUCCCUGGCCCCGCCACGUGAAUGGCCCGGGAAUGAUGGCCGUUAUCGCGUUGCUCUCGUCGUCUCGAUUUAGCUGAAGAAACACGCAGCCAGCAAACACGACUGAGCGACAGACGUAUGGCAAUGCAAACAUUUUAACAUACCCCGACAGAUCGAGCAGUUGAUGGCCUCGACUGCCUUGACAGGGGAGGCGCAGAAGGCAGAAAGGCUGGCGAGAUUCCAACAUCCUCAUCUUCCUCCUUUCUUCUCAGCAACGGCGACCCAGGCCGCGACAAACACACGGGUGUCCCAGGAGGUGAGCACGAGGGACUCUCACGCAGACUGGCAUGUGGCCCUCUCGCCCGCCUCGCGAAGAAGAAGGCAGCAAUGGGACUGACUGGUCGGUGUCUCAGCGUCCUGUGAGGGCUUGCAGAGCGCUGCAUAGGCGGAGAUGAGCGGGGAGAUCCCUUUUUGGCGGGCGUGCUCUGUGGCGGGACAGGCGAUGAAGGCGGCUGGGAGGGAGGGCUGGGGGAGGAGGGAGAUGUGGCAGGGACGGUGGACUGGAGGGUGAUGGGGCGUGUAAGGCCCCGAGACAAGUUCGGAUGGGGAAAGAGGCCCAUCUCUGUCUUCUCUUCUCUCCCACCCGCCGGAUCUCGGAUGUCUGCGAUGCCCGAGGGACGCCUUAAGAGGAUGGGCGAUCUCUCAGAGCCAGACCCAAACGAGCCGCUGGUGAUGUGUCCUUUCACCAUCCGUCUGUGCCGGAAAGACAUGUGCUUGGGCCGCGGAGAGACACGGGGUGAUGACGAGGGAGAUGCGGCCUUCAGCAAAGUGGCGUCGAAGGGCAUUGUGAGAUCCACCUGAGGGGCGGGUGCCGCCUGUCUGAAAGACCCGGGCCACUCAAACUUGCGAGGCGACACGUUGACGGAGGCCCGGCGUGUCUCCAGCUCUCUUCGUCUUUUCGUCAGCGCCUCGCCAGCUCGUUCACCCCCUUUGCCCCUGCCUUCAGGCCGUGGGCGCGCCGAUCGGGCUGAUAGUCGUAUUCUGAUGGGCGUCGAUCGGUCAGAGGGAGACACGAGGCGUGAUGAGCCCCUGGGUCCCCUCUCCUGGCCCGCUGUUACAGGCCGAGGGCCAGGACCUUCCCAGCUGCAGAAAGGACAUAUGUGGCAGUCGUAGGAUUCGAUUGUGUUGCAUGUGAUUGUGUUGUCCAUACCUUGAGACGGCAUCCUUGAGCAUCAGCACUUCAUCAUCGUCGUCGGCGGCGUCCGGCAACAGCCUCUCCCGUGGAAGGCUGGCUGUUGGUCUCUCGCCGGCCAAGGCAGUGCGUGGUCUUGACGGCAGCCUGAUCUCGGUGUCGGCUUUCGGUGUGGUCCGAUGUGCGUCCUUGGUCACCUUGACGAUCAUUGUGCGUCCCUGUUCGCAAGGAAAUGGGGACACAUCACGAAAACGAACAAAAUGAUGGCCUGAUCUUUUUCUUGUACGAAUGCGUGAAAGGUCUUGAUGUCCUCCGGGUCCUGCUGCUCCUGCUGCAACUGGUCAAAAAUUGGAUGUCCUCCGGCAACUGGUGCGAGAGAACGCGCAAUGCAGAACGGACGAACGGCAAAUUGAAUGAAGUCGGCAAUUACCGCUGUAGUCGAGGAUAUCAGGAAGCCUUUUCCUCUUCUUCACUUUGCGUGAGAUGUUCUCGUGUAGCCUUCAGGACAGACAGCACAAGACCACUUCGUCUGCCUGUGCGUGUGUGUGUCUCUCGUCUUUCCUUCGCCCUCACCUUGACAGCGUCUCAGCAUCUUUAUUGUCUUCGCUCGGGUUGCUGUCCGAACCCUCGUCAUCUGGCUCUAUGAAUGCCUGUGAUGCCCGAGACAUCAGGCGAGACAGCCGAUGUUUUGGCGCGACGCCCUCCAACUCGGCUGCAACUUGGGCCUGGAAGUCACGACGCAGCUGAAGGGCAGAAAAUGACGGACACCAUAGAGCAGAAGGUCAGAGCCCAUCGGCCUUCUGACCUGGUAAAGAUUCGCGUCGGCCAUGUGGCCGUAGGCAAGAAAGGGGAAGUAGUGCUCUGAGCCAUCAAAGUUCUCAUGUAUAUCGAACGCGUCCCACGUUGAGAAGAGCGUGGGCAGAUGCGAUGGCACGGCGGCACGCGCAAGCGACUGGUCGUGCAAUGCAGGCGCCGGAGCAGAGAAAUGCUCCGUCGUGGCCCGAUGAAGGAGCACCUUCUUGACCAGAUGUUGGAACUGUUUCUCUUCGUUCUGAAGCUUCCGCGCGUCCUCAAUAGCGUUUUGCAUGCGCUGUGCUUCGGGGAAGUAGCCCUUUAUCUUGGCCAGUGCACGUGCGACGAGGGGGCCCACGCACUGGAGACGACCGGGUGUCAACUCGUAUUGCAGAGAGCUGGCAUUACCUUGGCGUUCGGAUGAGGGCGCGACCCACUGAGGCAGAGUAACACACAUCGGCCAAGCAAGCGCAGGAAAGUGAUCGCAUGUCGGCUUCCCCCGCAUGUCUCGUACCUCCUGCUCUUGUUCAGGGUGGUUGCUGACCCACUGCAAGCUCUCAAUCUUGAGGUCGAUGUUCUGCGCUGGAUUGAGAGCGCCAUACCGACUGGCCCCCCUCGCAAACUGAUGCCGAGCGCCCUCGGGGCCCCUCACAGGAGCUUCCACUUGAUGAUCCGCUCCUUCGGCUGCUGCAGCAGUUGCAGAAAUGAGGGCCUGGAUGUCCUGGAAGUGUGCAUGUUUCUGCGCCGGCAUGGUCAUGGUCGCUCCCUCCCUCCUGGGUGGGGGGUCGAUCACAUUGGGCAGCAUGCCUCCCUGCAGCCGCGUCCACCCCCGCUCUCUCGCUUCGAUCUCGAAAGGCGUCAGAGCAUGCACCGCAGCGGCCUUCAUGGCCUUCUCUGUCUGAGUGCGAGGCUGCCUGUUUUCCAGUUCUCUGCGGAGUCUGCGUUCGUACUUGAGGCACAGGUCGCUCCACGCUGGCUUAGGCGGGAGGGGCACGCGCUGUAGACGAAAGGAAACCGACACAAAGAUACCAUUCAGUGCAUUUCAGGUGGCACUUACCCUGUCAGCGGUCCAGCAGGAGGCCUCGAUGGCGUAGCAGAACUUACAGCGAAACUCCUUGAAGAUGACACAGCGGGCUGUACCGAGCUUGCUGGGCGGCAUGCCAAAUUUGCAGCCAGUCCAGACAAGAUCAAAUCUGGAGACACAUGAGCCCUUUCCACUUCGUGUCUCCUCCCGUGUCUGUGCUCUGGCGUACCCUCCGAGGCAGCACAGUCUCGCCAGCAGCCUGAUCUCCACGUUGUCAGCAACCGGGUUGCUCCCAGGCAAGCCGAACAGGCUGAGAGGCUCCUCGGCCAUUCGUGCACUGGGGCUGCCUGGGCGCGACGGAGGCUUGUAUCUGCACCCGUAAAGGAAGAUGCCUUUGCGCUUCGAAUGGCCGUGGAAGUCGAAGAAAGCGAGAAUUUCCCUCCCCUGCAGAGAAGGGCGGAUCAUCAAAGGAAUCAAUCAUUCUUCUCUGGCUCUAUAUGAGUGCUUACUUGAUCAUGAAGCUGCCUGAGCAGUUUUUUCAGGUGGAAAACCGACGGGUGAAGGAACUCCUUCGGCGAUGCAAAAACCCGAUUCAGAUCGACACCUGAUGCACGCAUAAAGCAGCCGUCUUGGCGCCUGGCUGUGAAGGGGCAUGCGGCUUUGUCACCAUUACCGGCAAGUGAGCAGCGAUAGUUGCCAUAGAUGACACCGUCCGGAUUCAUCAUUGGGACGACAACAAAAUGGUAGGCACGACGCAACAAGAUCGCAUGCGGCGAAUCUCCAACCAAAAACCGAAUAAAACCUGUAUAGUACACACAACAACACACCAGCCCAAAGCAGGCGGCCUGAGUUUUCCCUCUUUCUUCCUUUGUCCAUUUUCACUUGCAUCCCACCAUGAAUCAUCCAGCUGCCCUGGGGCUCCCCAGGGUGCAGUCGUGCGAUCAAAACGACAACCGGCUUCCUAGACCUCAGCAGCCUGAGCUCUGGAGGAGCUGGCUCUGGAGAGGACGAGCCUUCACGCUUGCCCCUGCCCUUGUCAGGCGGAACAGACUUGGAUAGAGGCCUUUCACUCAUCGCCGACAGCGGCCUGUGUGGAAGACCGAUCAUCGGCCGGCCCACUCAAACAAACGAUUGUACGUUCCUGUCGUGUCACGCUUCUUGCCUGCUUGUGUUUGGCGUGCUGCCUCGGGGAUGUGCCGGCUCUGUGCAGGGUGUUGGGGGGGCUGACGCCAUCUCGUGGACCUCCAACAUAUCGACACGCAAACCUGUAUGCACGCAAAUCAAUGCAAAAACGAUGUCAAUGCUUUCCAUCACAGAUCCGUCGAUCACACCUGCGAUUGACUGGCAAAGCGUGUGGCGCCUGAGCAGCGCCGCAGAAUGUGGGUUUUCCUCCAGGGCGUCGAGGAAGUCCUGCACAUGGAGAGAUAGACGGACGGGCUUGGGCAUUUGUGUCUCUCCUCCACCUGCAGGAGCGAGUAUGUGUACGGGUAGUGGUACGCGAAGAAGACGGUGUCGUCUUCGUGUUCCCAGUCAUAUUCAAAACUCAGUACUGAAAAGUAACCGCGAUCGUUCGGACGGAGAAGCGUGCCCUGUGGCAGAUACGACAAUGCGGGACAUGACUGAUAGGAAAGAGAGACGAGGGGACAAACCCUCACGCGUGAGUAUCUGAUGUUUCUUCCAGCUCUCUCCCAUCCUCGUCCUGCUUUGGUGCUCCAAGACACGGGACGCAUGCCCUGAAGAAACAGUUGCCUUUAUGCUGCAAGUCAGACUGAUGCCCCAAAACAAAUCCUACUUGAGAGUAGAGCGAAUUUGGCUUGGCACAGUUCUCGAUCUGGAAGGUAUAGGUGACGCCCUUCGUCCCACCGGCCACACACCAGUAGAACCUGCAUGGACAGCAGCGAAGUCGGUUGUCCAAUGAGGAUGACAAAAGGUGUGGGUGUGUAUCUACCAUUGCGUGUGUCCGAUACUGUUCGUAUCCGGCUCGAGCAGCAGCUUGUACACAUGAGCAGACACAGCCGUCGCUAUCAACAGAUUGCCGUUCUCAAACGCAGCCGAGAAACACAGACUGCCUGCAGACAAGGGGGGUCACCAAUUAAUUUCAUUUCACUGUGCCGCCGCUGCCUUACUCACCUGCUCUCCCCUGUCCACUCGGCUGGCCAACCACGCCUUCUUGCGCUGCUGGAGGGCACCACGGGGAGGGGUGGAGCGGCUUCAAGUAGAGCUUGUUGGGGUUGGGUGGAUACUGGGUCAUGUUCAACAACGGAGGCUUCUCUUUGGUUGAAGGGGUCUUGUGCUGAUGGUGGAUGGACAAAUUCACAAUGGCCCUGAUGGCGGACUGCCAUCGAUGGUAUUCGUCGACGUGGUGACUGGCAGGAGAGAAGAAGGAAAACGACAAAAGUGGGUCUGUGUUGACUGAUUACCGGUCAUAGACGAUUUGCCUUCGUGAUUCCUCCCAUGCAGCCAAGUAGACGGCAAUUUCUCCCUUUACACUGCGAAAAGAGCCAUCAAUAUCACAUGAUGCAGUCAUCCAUAAUGCCAUGCAUUCACCUGUCAAGAAAGGCUUUGCCACUGAGUCCCUUGUCCUUCCUCCAAUUCGCCACAUCCUCUUCCUCCCCCUCAUCUUCUUCUUCCCAGCCCUCGUUGUCGCUUCCCUCGCUCCAUCUCUCGUACUCAGCAUCCCCCUCAACCCCAUCAGCAACUUUGGCAAGCGAAACCGGCUCCGCCACAGGAUGCGGGUGUCUGUCACGAAGCUCGGCCUCUUCAGGAAGGGACCUGCCGAAUGGUAUGAUGGGGCUGUCGUUCGAUGAGUCCUCCAUGCAGGAUAGAGGCUGGGAUUCUGAGGCCGUCUCGAGCAUUCGGCCCCCACUUACCCCCACGCGCGCAGACGCAUCGCAGAUGCCGCAUGCACUGGACCAUGCGGGCGUCCUCUGUUUCCCUUCCUCGGCCAAGAUCAUAUUCCGCAGAUGCGUCCCAGGACCCAAGAUCAU